GACCGCAACCGAGCCCGCAACCCGUAGUGUAAUACGGCCUUAACAGUAUAUACACUUUUUACUAUAAUAAAAAAAAAAAAAAAUUCGUCGAAUUUGCGUCGAAUUUCAAUUUCAAAUUCGAUAAUAUCAACCUGGGUUUGCGAAAGGAUUAUUUAUAGAUGAGUUCCUCCAGUUCCCCGCAUCAGGCAAAUGGCUCCAAAAAGCCAGAGGCAAUAAAAAAUCAAGGACGUUUGUACAGUAUGAAAUAUUGUCCUUUUGCUCACAGAAUACGACUCAUACUCACUCUAAAACAGAUUCCUCAUGACAUUGUCAAUAUUAACUUGCAGAAUAAACCGGACUGGUAUUUCCAAAUUCAUCCAGAGGGUAAAGUGCCAGCUUACGUAGACACAGAUGAUACAGUAGUAACAGAUUCUGUUGCAAUAGCAAAUUACUUGGAUCAAAAAUAUCCUGCGCCUCCUUUAUACAACGAUGAAACAAAAAGUCGUGAUUUAGAACUAUUGGAUCAUUUUUCUAAGAUUAUAGAGACUUUCUCAAAUUGCAUACAUGACAAGGAUAAGAGACAAUUUGAAGAGAUUAUAGUUGAGGCAAUGGAUAAUUUACAAGAAUUUGAAAAAGAGCUUGGUAUACGCAAGACACUUUUUUUUGGAGGAAAUAAUCCUGGUAUGUUGGACAUUCUAAUGUGGCCCUGGUUUGAGAGUGCAAAGGCUCUGACUAUACUUUACAAACAGCGUGCAAGUCUUGACAAGGAGAGAUUUCCUAAUCUUAUGGAUUGGUUGGAUGAAAUGAAAAGUCAGUGGUUUGUCGAGGAACACAAAUGCUCCUAUGAAAAGUUUGCAAAAUUUAUAGAAGCUUCAAAAGCGGGAAACGUUGAUUACGACAAUAUUUAAACGCAUUUGCGUAAUAUAUCGUAAAAUGUCGUAAGAAUAAACAUCGCUUAGUAUAAAUGACAUAUUAACAUGACAGUAUUAACAUUCCAAUGGUAUUAACAUCGAUAAUAUAAAAAUAGUAUUAACAUUGAAUACUCUUCCUUAUCUCAUUUGAUUUGUACGUAUUCAAUUUUGUAAGUUUAAUAUAUAAUAAUUAAUACGUAAUAUUUUUAUACUCUCUCUUUUUCAAAUAUACUGUGCAUAUCAUAUGUAGCGGCAACGCUUUUUAUAAUUUAUUUAUAACUAUUACAAUACUGCUUGAUGCGGUCUAAUUUAGAUAAAGUAAUUUAGUAUUAAACAUAAUUAAAAAAGAUACUUCACACAUUAUUAAGAAUAACUACAUUCUCUACAUUUUAACAAGGUACUAACGGAGCACAUAACUGUACUCUGCUAUAUUGUAAUUAUAAUAAUCACUGUUAAUGUAAAGUGUAAAUUAUAGCAUUUAUAAUAUACGUUGAUCUCUUAUUA